GAAGCACGACUGGAGAGGGCAAUGGCUGCAGACCUGCUGUGAAAUGCUCAGGUGUCUGCUGCCUUUUGGGGAGAUAUCGCUUUAGAUGAAGAUGAUCUGAAGUUGUUUCAAAUAGACAGAGCUGUUGACUUAACAAAGCUCUCAGAUGGCAACGCAAGACACACUUCAGGCGGCCUGGGAGAAGAGGUGUCAAGUGAAAAUGCCACUUCAACCAACUACAGUGACAAAGCAGUUAAAAAGGACGGCAGGCAGAACACAACGCUUGCAAGGAGCCCGAGGAGGAAGGAAUCUAAAGAUGAGUCUGGGAUGGACACGCCCUUCUCUGCCAGAGUGCGCAGGGCAACCACGUCCAGGGCCGAGAGGAUCUGGCCAGGGGGGGUCAUCCCCUAUGUGAUCGGAGGAAAUUUCACUGGAACCCAAAGAGCUAUCUUUAAGCAAGCAAUGAGGCACUGGGAGAAGCACACUUGUGUGACCUUUGUGGAGAGAACUGAUGAAGAGAGCUUCAUUGUGUUCACAUACAGAACAUGUGGGUGUUGCUCGUACGUGGGUCGCCGAGGAGGGGGCCCUCAGGCUAUAUCCAUUGGAAAGAACUGUGACAAGUUUGGGAUUGUGGCUCAUGAGCUGGGUCAUGUGGUGGGUUUCUGGCAUGAGCACACACGGCCUGACAGGGACCAGCAUGUCACUAUCAUCAGAGAGAACAUACAGCAAGGUCAGGAGUACAACUUUUUAAAAAUGGAAGCUGGGGAAGUGAACUCACUUGGAGAGACCUAUGACUUUGACAGCAUCAUGCACUAUGCUAGGAACACGUUCUCCAGAGGAGUUUUCCUGGACACCAUCCUUCCCCGUCGUGACGAUAACGGCGUCCGGCCGACCAUCGGUCAGCGAGUUCGCCUGAGCCAGGGGGACAUUGCUCAGGCCAGGAAGCUGUACAAAUGCCCAGCUUGUGGAGAGACCUUGCAAGACUCAACAGGUAAUUUCUCAGCCCCUGGUUUUCCAAAUGGCUACCCCUCCUAUUCCCACUGUGUCUGGAGGAUCUCGGUGACCCCAGGGGAGAAGAUUAUGUUAAAUUUCACAUCAAUGGACUUAUUUAAAAGUCGCCUUUGCUGGUAUGAUUAUGUGGAGGUGCGUGAUGGCUACUGGAGGAAGGCUCCGUUAUUGGGUAGAUUUUGUGGUGACAAGAUUCCUGAACCAGUAAUCUCCACAGACAGCAGGCUGUGGAUCGAGUUCCGGAGCAGCAGUAACAUCCUGGGCAAAGGCUUCUUUGUGGUCUAUGAAGCUAUUUGUGGUGGAGAAAUACACAAAGAUGCUGGCCAGAUCCAAUCUCCCAAUUACCCAGAUGACUACAGACCUUCCAAAGAGUGUAUCUGGAAGAUCACAGUUUCUGAGGGUUUUCACAUAGGAAUCACAUUCCAAGCCUUUGAGAUUGAAUGGCACGAUGCGUGCUCGUAUGACUACCUGGAGAUCCGAGAUGGCCUCACUGAACAGAGCCCACUCAUCGGCCACUUCUGUGGCUAUGAGAAGCCAGAAGACAUCAAAUCCAGUUCAAACAAAGUAUGGAUGAAGUUUGCAUCUGAUGCAACCAUCAGUAAAGCAGGCUUUGCAGCAAAUUUCUUUAAAGAGAUGGAUGAGUGUUCCCUGCCGGACAAUGGUGGGUGUGAGCAGCACUGCGAGAACACACUGGGCAGUUACAAAUGCACCUGUGAGCCUGGCUAUGAGCUGACAGCUGAUAAAAAGAGCUGUGAAGCUGCCUGUGGGGGCUUCAUCACCAAGCUCAAUGGGACCAUUACUAGCCCUGGAUGGCCCAAGGAAUAUCCUACUAACAAAAACUGCGUGUGGCAGGUGGUAGCUCCAGCCCAGUACCGGAUCUCUCUGCAGUUCGAAGUGUUUGAGCUGGAAGGCAAUGAUGUCUGUAAAUAUGACUAUGUUGAGGUUCGGAGUGAGCUGGCUUCUGAUUCCAAGCUACAUGGCAAAUUCUGCGGCUCAGAGAAGCCCGAAGUGAUCACGUCAUAUGGAAACAACAUGAGACUGGAGUUCAAAUCAGACAACACAGUCUCCAAGAAAGGCUUUAAAAUUCACUACUUCUCUGACAAGGACGAGUGCUCCAAAGACAAUGGUGGUUGCCAGCACGAGUGUAUCAACACCUUUGGGAGCUAUAUGUGCCAGUGCAGAAAUGGCUUCAUACUGCAUGAAAACGGCCAUGACUGUAAAGAAGCUGGUUGUGAGCACAAGCUGAGCAGUGCAGAGGGAAUGAUGAGCAGUCCCAACUGGCCUGACAAGUACCCCAGCCGGAAAGAGUGCACCUGGGACAUCUCUGCAACACCUGGCCACCGGGUGAAAGUAACCUUCAAUGAGUUUGAGAUUGAGCAGCACCAAGAAUGUGCCUAUGACCACUUAGAAAUGUAUGAUGGGCCCAACAGCAAGUCACCUAUCCUUGGCCGCUUCUGUGGCAGCAAGAAACCAGACCCUGUAGUGGCUUCUACCAACAAGAUGUUCCUCAGGUUUUACUCUGAUGCUUCUGUGCAAAGGAGAGGUUUCCAGGCAAAGUACAGCACAGAGUGUGGCGGGCUCUUAAAAGCUGAAGUACAAGCUAAGGAUCUGUAUUCCCAUGCUCAGUUUGGGGACAACAACUACCCAGGUCAAGCCAACUGUGAAUGGGUGAUUGUCGCUGAAGAUGGUUAUGGGGUGGAGCUAAUAUUCCAGAUAUUCGAGAUAGAGGAGGAGGCUGACUGUGGGUACGACUACAUGGAGAUUUACGAUGGUUACGACAGCACUGCACCCCGUCUGGGACGCUUCUGUGGCUCAGGGCCUCUGGAAGAAAUCUACUCUGCAGGGGAUUCCAUUAUGAUUCGAUUCCAUACAGAUGACACCAUCAACAAGAAAGGAUUUCAUGCCCGAUACAUAAGUACCAAAUUUCAGGAUGCAUUGCACAUGAGAAAAUAGUUUGACUGCUCCUCACAGAUAUUCUCCAUCUGAAGAUUGAGACAUUUAGCUGUGAUCUUUGUCCUUUUUUUUUUUUAAAGCUUCUGUGCACUUGGCCAAAAGCAGUGUACAGUAUUUUCUGUAACUAAAACUAAAUCCAGUCUCAAAGGUUUGCCUCUGCAAUUAUUAGCAUGACCCUUUCUUGUUAACCUACCCAGGACCAAAAAAAUUGUCUUUUAAUCAUACCUUCCAGGGCAUAAACAUUGUAUUUUGCACAACUUGCCAUGGGGCUGAAUGAAGACUGAACUUGAACUGAGAA